AUGUCUUUCUAUCGAAUAGGAGUUGAUGUCGGCGGGACCAACACCGAUGCCGCUAUCCUCGACAUCACAGCGUACGAUGAACCUGGGCGAGGCGUGCUCGCUUCUCACAAGGCUCCUACGACUCCAGAUAUCACCAGUGGGAUCGAAGCGGCGAUAGAGGCCGUCCUAAAAGCCUCCAAGGUCGACCAAACCCGGGUCUCGAGCGUCACUAUUGGCACGACCCAUUUCAUCAAUGCUCUGGUGGAAGCCGAUAGCAGGAGAUUGGACCGUGUCGCGGUAGUCCGACUGUGUGGCCCUUUCACCAGACAGAUACCGCCAUUCUCAGAUUUCCCGGUUGGCCUUCGCAGUAUCUUGGAUGGAGGGUCCUACUAUCUCCCUGGUGGAUUUGAGAUCGACGGACGUAGUAUUGCUCCGUUGGAUCAUGAGCAAAUUACGGCGGCGACCAAGGCGAUUGUUGCUGCCGGCAUUCGAGCGGUAGCAAUCAUCGGAGUUUUCUCCCCCUUGGACUAUGAAGGAUCAAACGAAGCAGACUGCGAGAGGCUAAUACUCAGUCACGCCCCUGGAUUACAGGUCGCGUGCUCGAACAACAUCGGCCCAAUCGGUUUCAUGGAGAGAGAAAAUGCCACCAUCCUGAAUGCCGCCAUUUUAAACACGGCGCACAAGGUCACCAAAGGCUUCAAAAGAGCCAUGUGUCGUCUCGGACUAACCUGCCCCUUGUUCUUAUCUCAGAAUGACGGAACGAUCAUAGACGUUGACACAGCAGCAGAAUAUCCCAUAAAAACGUUCGCCAGCGGACCCACGAACAGUAUGAUUGGAGCUGCCUUUCUUGCAGGUCUUGACACGGGGAAACAGCCCAACGACACAGCCUCUGACAACAAUGGAUGUCCGCAGGAGCCUCAAGUCCUCGUGGUCGACAUCGGAGGGACGACAACUGAUGUAUGUGCACUGUUGCCGUCGGGGUUCCCGCGACCGGCACCGGGAUUUGUCGAGGUUGGGGGUGUUCGAACGGCAUUUUCGAUCCCAGAGGUUGCGUCGAUUGGCCUGGGCGGAGGGAGUCUAGUCGAGCAAGACCCGUGUUCUCUCCAAGACUUCACGGUUGGACCAACCUCGGUGGGCCACGCCAUCCAGCGUGAAGCCUUGGUGUUUGGUGGUCGUACCUUGACUGCCACAGACAUUGUUGUGGCGGCUGCAAAGGUCAAACUCGGCGACGAGACCUUGGUUCAGAGCGUGCCUCGAUCAACGAUACAAAAAGCACAGCAACAGAUCAAGAAGAAACUGGAAAUUGUCAUUGACGCAAUGAAGGUGUCGCAAGCACCGGUGCAUGUUCUCUUGGUUGGGGGUGGUGCUAUGCUUGCCCCUCCCGUGCUCGAGGGGGUCGAGAAAUGCAUACACCCCAUCCACGAAGGCGCCGCAAAUGCCGUAGGAGCGGCCAUUGCGAAGGUUUCGGGUCAGGUGGAUGUGGUGGAAAUCAUUAGUGGCAGAUCAGAAGAUUCCGUUCUUGCAGAGGCCCGCCAAAAAGCCAUCGACCUAGCCGUGCAAAAUGGAGCCGCACCAAACGACGUGCGGAUCGUCGAGGUCAACAAGAUGCCGCUGCAAUACACAAACCAAAGUGCAGUAAGGAUUCAAAUCAAAGCUGUGGGAAAGCCGGCCAUCCCAAAAGGCUUGGUGGGCUCGAGUACAGUGUCUAUUGAUCUCAACGGAGAAUAUCAAAACGGCGACGAAGGUUCGAAGGUCAAGGUUUCCAACGCGCUGGAGUCGACAAUUCGGCCCUCUUUGAAGAUAUCUCUCGAAACCUAUCGUCCCCAUGUACGAAACCGUGUCUGGUCCCUGUCUGAGGUAGACUUGCAGUUGAUAUCGACUGGUUGCGGAGCCCUGGGCACCGGCGGUGGUGGCCCGACUCACUAUGAGUAUUUGAAAUGCUUGAUUGCGCUCCGCUCUCACGGCCCAGGAUCACUGAAGGUCAUAUCUCCCGAUCAUUUGCAGGACUCGGACUCCGUGUGCAUUGGGGCCAUGUACGGAAGUCCAAGCGUGAUCAAUGAACGAAUUGCCAGUGGUGACGAGAUCCCGCUGGCAGUGGAAUCCAUGCGAAAGGUUUUAGGAGAGAAAAGGUUCCAGGCAAUUAUGCCUGGUGAGAUUGGUGGUGGGAACGGUAUGAGUGCUUUCCCUACUAGCGCCGCCCUAGGUUUGCCCAUCGUCGAUGCAGAUCCGAUGGGAAGAGCCUAUCCGACUUUGUAUCAUACUACCUUCAGCAUUUAUGGCUACCCUUCCGUUCCAGCUGUGUUGACUGACGCAAGGGGUAACGUCGCCGUGAUCAUGAACUCUGAAACGCCUCAGAGGCUUGAAACGAUGAUGCGUACCGCUGCUGUAGAGCUUGGUCUGUCCUGUGGCGUCGCCUUGGCCCCUAGAUCAGGACUCGAAGUGAGGUCACACGGCAUCCCCAACACCAUAUCCCUAGCUUGGUACAUAGGACGAUCGGUCCACCUGGCCAGGCAGCGGAAGACUAGCUAUGUCGAUGCUAUCUUCGAUGUUUGCCCGGGUAAGCUUCUGUUUACCGGAAAGAUUGUGGAUGUACACCGCUUCAUCGGGCGCGGAUAUACUCUUGGUGCGGUCUUAAUAGGCCCUGACACGAAUGACGAGAGCGAGACGACGCCUAAAGGCAACCAGCGACAGGAUCAAGGGUCAGCCUCACACGUGUACAUUCCAUUCCAGAAUGAGUAUCUGUACGCGGCCCUGAGUGAUCCUGAAGCAUCCGAACAGUCACAGAAAGUACUCUGUACAGUGCCGGAUCUUAUCUCCAUCUUAGGCCAGGACGGCGAGGCCAUCGGUUCUCAAGACCUACGAUACGGUCUACAAGUCAGCGUCAUUGCAAUGCCAGCCCAUCCAUUGUGGAAGACGGAAAAGGCCUUGAAGAUUGGUGGACCCGAAGGCUUCGGGCUCAAGAUGCCUCCUUGCGGAAUUGACGACACGUUUGCACAAUCACGGAGCGUGGUAGAAGAAUAUGACUACAACCCGUAG